AAAAGGUGAUAAAAAUAGUGAUAAUAGUAAAACUUCAUUUUUAGUUGAUCAUUAAAGUGGAACAUAUUUGUCAGGGUCUAAAAGGAUUUUGAAAUUUGCUGGAAAAGAAUGUCAGAAGACAAGAAUUUAAUUAAAAACUUGGAAAUAAAAUCGUAUGGGACGCAGCUUUCUCAAGAAAGUAUCAAAGUUAUAGCUGAGAGUAUAGGAAUAUCAACAUUAUCAGAUUUAGCUGCAAAAGAACUCGCUGAUGAUAUAUCUUACAAGUUGAAACAAAUAAUUCAAGAUGGACAAAAAUUCAUGCACCAUGCAAAGAGGACGCGAUUUUGUUUAGCGGAUGUAGAUGAGUCUUUGAAGAUCCGUAACAUUGAGCCUCAAUAUGGAUUUGUUUCGAAAGACUUUAUUCCUUUUCGAUUCGCUAGUGGUGGCGGUCGUGAAUUACAUUUCCAAGAAGAAAAGGAAUUGGAGUUGACCGACGUCUUAAUAUCAGCUCCUCCUAAAGCUCCUCUUGAAGUAUCAUUAAGAACUCAUUGGCUCUGUGUGGAUGGGAUUCAGCCUACGAUCCCGGAAAAUCCUCCACCAUUAUCAAAAGAACUUCAAGCACAAGAUUCAGUGAAUCCUGUUAAGAAACUUGAAAAAACUGAUCUCAAAGACACAAGUGGCAAGCCAGCAAUCAAAGCUCAUAAGUUAAAAACUCAUGAAACAGUUCAUGUCAAGCAAUUGGCAACACACGAGUUAUCAGUUGAACAACAAUUUUAUUACAAAGAAAUAACCGAAGCUUGUGUGGGAGCAGAUGAAGGACGAAGAGCUGAAGCAUUACAGUCUUUAGCUAGUGAUCCAGGUAUACACGAAAUGUUGCCCAGAAUGUGUACAUUUAUCGCUGAAGGUGUAAAAGUAAAUGUCGUACAAAAUAAUCUUGCAAUUUUGAUUUAUUUGAUGAGAAUGGUUCGAGCACUUCUUGAUAAUCCCGCAUUGUAUCUUGAAAAAUACCUUCACGAGCUUAUUCCUUCUGUUUCAACAUGCAUCGUAUCAAAACAACUUUGUCAAAGACCAGAACUUGACAAUCAUUGGGCACUUCGUGAUUUUGCUGCAAAAUUGAUGGCCCAAAUUUGUAAAAAUUUCAACACAUCAACUAACAAUUUACAAACUCGAGUUACGAGACUUUUUAGUACAGCUUUGCAGAACGACAAAGUUCCAUUGUCAUCAUUGUAUGGUGCAAUAGAAGGUCUGUCGGAGAUGGGCCAGGAGGUCAUUAAAGUUUUCAUAAUUCCCCGAUUGAAGUUCAUUUCGGAAAGAGUUUGCAAUAUGCAAGGACCCGACAUUAGCAACACCGAAAGAAAUGCUGCAGGUCAUAUUCGUAUGUGUCUGUCCAAAGUUUGUGCUCCCGUGUUGAAAACAAUGCGGUCGACUCCAGAUGUUCUUGAAGAUUAUAAACGUGAUUUUGGUUUUCUGGGACCGGCGUUACACCAAAGUGUAAUUAAAGCUCGACAAACUCCAAGCUCAACAACUACAACAUCAACCACAUCUGCGAUUUCGGUUCCCUCUGUUGCUCCACGAGUAUCGUCGCAACCGAUUCAUCGUCAAAUGACGCAACAGCAACCACAACAACAGCAACAACAAAAUCAACAAAAGUUUUACAUUAAACCGAGUUCACCGGCAACAACCUCAAACAUUGUCAAAAUCCAAUCAAGUCAGAAAAUAUUUAUUCAGUCAUCACCAAAAACUGUUUACGUGACAAACCCAUCAAGUGGAAGCAAUCCACAAAUUGACGAUUUGUCUCAUCUUGAGUGAAGAAAAUUUAACAAAUAAAAGUAAAUUUAACAUUUUGAAAACUAUUUUCGUUUCUUUUGGAAAUUGACCGAAAUUUCUUCAUAGAAAUACAAAAAAGAAUGAGAAAGUUUUGAC